AUGCUGGAAGGCACGAAGGGGUCUUGGCUGGAUGACUUGCCCGGGAUCUUAUGGUCCAUUCGUACCAUAAUCAAGGAAGCUACAGGGAAAACCCCUUUUGCCUUAGUAUAUGGGAGUGAUGCAGUGCUCCCCGUGGAAGUUGGGAUCCCAUCCCCCAGGGUUACCUUCUAUGACCCUGAUCGAAAUGAUCAGCUGAAGCCCUUGACCUUAGACUUACUCCCACAGAUAAGGGGAGAUGCUUUUCUUCGCUCUAUAGCAUACAAGCAAAGGAUAACUCGUUAUUUCAACAAAAAAGUCAAGGCAAGGCCCCUGGUUGAAGGUGAUUGGGUGCUCCGAAAGUGUGAGGCUACUGGAAAGCCCCCGGCAUUGGGCAAGCUAAGACCUAAUUGGGAAGGGCCUUAG